AUGGAGGGAAACUUAGUUCUACCAGGUGAUCCUUUACCUAUUGAAUCCAAGAACAUCACCACAAAUAUCGGACCUGGAGUUACGAAAGACCCUAAAACACAAAGAAUCAUACCCUCAUCGGCUGGAUUGUUACACAUUAAAUCGAAUAAAUCUAAGGCAUCUCAGGUUGUCUAUAUAGAAUCAAGAGAAACAAGAUACAUACCGAAAACCAAUGAUUUUGUAGUGGGUGUUAUAACGGCGGUAUUCGGUGAUUUUUAUAGAGUUUCACUUCAGGAUUAUUCUCCACCUGUGCAAUUAUCAAUGACAGCAUUUCCAAAUGCAACUAAGAAGAAUAGACCGAAUUUAAAAGUUGGACAAGUAGUUUAUGCGAGGGUAUCAGAGGCUGUCCCUGAGAUUGAAGCAGAGAUUGAGUGUAUCGACCCUACAACUGGUAAAGAAGGCGGAUUUGGAUUACUAGAUGAGUCCGGUUAUUUGUUUUCUGUUCGAUUAAAUUUUGCUAGAGAGCUUUUAUUCAACCAAAACUCAAUUUAUCUUGAGAAAUUGGCUGCUAAGUGCAAAUUCGAAAUCGCAAUUGGGAUCAAUGGAAAAAUAUGGAUCAAGUGCGGCGAUGGUUUGAUCAUUCAGAGAAAUGAAGAUUCUGAAACAGUGGAUAAAGCAUCUCAAAUAAAGUCAUUGAAAACUACAAUCGCAGCAGCAAAUUUCCUUAUAAAAUGUCAGACAAGCAGACCAGUAGAUAUUGAUAGCAUAUUACAUGAAACCUUCAAGAGCAUUUAG